UGAAGAAAAAGGUGUUAGUACGGCAACAAUGAAAUUGUGUACAUCGAAAAUGGAAAGUUGUUGUCAAACAAAAUAAACAUCUUGUAAUAGCACUGCGCAUUAUUUUUAUUUGAACUAGAUAGGGAUAUCGAUGAGGCGUUGAUAGAAGAAGUGCGUCAUCGCCAACUUUUAUACGAUCUUGGUCAUGGUGACUAUAAAAAUUUGCGGAAGAAGGACCACGCGUGGAAGGAAGUCGGAGAGUGUUUAAAAUUGAGUGAACUGGAGUGCAAGAAAAGGUGGAAGAGCCUUCGAGAUUGUUACAAACGGUGCAGGAGAAUGGAGCAGGUCCCUUCUGGAAGUGAUGCUGAGACAAACAGAAGAAAGUGGAAAUACUUAGAGGUAAUGUCGUUUUUGGAGAGUGCCACAACUUCCAGGCGAACUAUUAGCAAUGUCAGCUAUGAAGUGGAAUAUGUCGAUGAUAGUGACAUUGUCAUAAUUGACGACUCCCAAGAAAAAUUAGUACCAGAAAGCAGAAAUGUAGAUUAUGAUGGAAAUAAACGAAAGAAAAAGGACUGCCAAAAAUUUCAACAAUUUCUGGACAUGGCAGGAAGAAGCAUUUCUGAAAGUUGUGCGACCUUUGCUGAGAAAAGUAAAACGCAAAACUCCACUGCCCUGCACUUUUCAUCACUGGCAGCAAAAAUAACAGAGUCAGGUCUUCCGCCAAAUUUAGUGAAUGAAAUAGAAUUAAAAGUAUCUAAUUUAGUGUUUGGUGAAAUCAAAAAAUUUUAUUCCGCCAACACACUUUAAGUUUUUGAGGGUUUUUUUUUUUAAUGUGAAAUUUUUUUUUUAGUAUUUAAGUAAAUCAUAGACUGAAGUACCUUUUUUUAAAAAAUGUAAAUAUGUAAAUAGCUUUUUUAGUAUUUAAGUAAACAGUGCAACUGAAGUACCUUUUUUUACAAAAUGUAAAUAGCUUUUUUAGUAUUUAACUAAAUCAUAGACUGAAGUACCUUUUUUUACAUAAUGUAAAUACGA